AUGAAGAUGCCACAGCCUCAAAGUAUAAAAGGUAUGUCAUUCGAUGUGCAAGGUCGUCAUUUCCCAUCAGCUAGUCGUGCCCUGCCAGACAUGGCAGUUCUGCUCACUUUUGCACUGGUGAUUACCGUGGCGUCGGUCUGCCAAGCUGCUCCGGUCUCAGAUCCCACGUUCGGAAGGAUUCCGCAAAUAGAUUUCAACCGGCAGAGCCAGUUUGCUCUGAAUUGGCCUGGAUUGAGAAUAAAUGGACAACAUCAUUUUGACAUUCAAUCCGGCUAUCCGGCUGUCCCACUGAUUGUUCCAUUCCAGCCGCAGCGCUGGACUCAACCGAUUCGUCCUUUACUUCGCAUCCGCCCGUCACAGCCACUUUGCGUGUCCUGUUUUGGCACUCAAACAUUCAACUUUUCCGGUUUCUUUCCAUCGCUAUUGAACGCCAGCAGCAACAACUCAUUGUCAUCAUCAUUUUUCCCAAACAUCAACCCCAUGUUCUAUAUGUGGCCAGGCUUGUUCCAGCCACGAAUCACGCCCGUUUGCUGUCCCAGUCCGACUACUGCCAAACCGACAACAACCCGUGCAACAACUGCACUGCCAACCACAACCCGUGCAACAACUGAACUGCCAACCACAACCCGUGCAACAACUACACUGCCAACAACACCAAGUACAACAACAACAAGUGCAACAACUACACUGCCAACAACAACAAGUGCAACAACAACUACAGUGCCAACAACAACUCAAUCACCUGUUCGUGUUUUGACACGUAUCGGACCGAAUCCACUGAUCUGCUUGCCGUGCAAUGCUCAAAUUGGCCCGUUUCCUUCAUUUCCUUUCGAUCCUUUGGUCAACAUUUGGAGAGAGAUUUGCUGCCCCACGACAACAGUAAGGCCACCGUCGACAGAAACUGCCCCGACGUCAACAAAAACAAGUGGCUCAACUUCAUCGACGAGAACUAUGAAACCGUUAGGACCAUGCAAGGGCUCACCGGAAGAUGAAGAGGAUCCGCGCUGUUUCGAUUUCGGGGCCCGUCAGUUCACACUUUCAACUAUCCUGCCUACAGCUGCUCCGACAACAACUUCCACCCUGCCAACAACUAUAAGUACGCUGCCUACUACAACAUCCAAGCCAACAACAACUCCCGCCCUGCCAACAACUACAACGUCCAAACCAACUACUACAACACUGAAGCCAUCAACAACCACGUCCAAACCAACUACAACUUCCACCCUGCCAACGACUACAAGUGCUAAACCAACAACAACAACAACAACAGCCAAGCCAACUACAACUUCCACCCUGCCAUCGACUAUAAGUGCUAAACCAACAACAACAACAGCCAAGCCAACUACAACUCCCGCCCUGCCAACGACUACAAGUGCAAAACCAACAACAACAACAACAACAGCCAAGCCAACUACAACUUCCACCCUGCCAUCGACUACAAGUGCCAAACCAACAACCACGUCCAAGCCAACUACAACUCCAACCCUGUCAUCGACUACAAGUGCCAAGCCAACUACAACUUCCACCCUGCCAACAACCACAACAAGCAAAGCAACUACAACAGUGCAACCGAUAACAACUGCCAAGCCAACUUCUACGACAUUCACGCCAAUAACAACUUCCACAACGACAACAGCUAAACCGACGACGACAGCCAAGCCAACGACUACGGCAACUCAAUCAACAACCACUACCCCCAGAUCAUCAACAACUUUCACACUGCUGCCCACUCCUUCUAAUGUCCAAACGACCGCAGCUAUUUCGGCUACAACUACUACACCUACCCCAACAACCUCAUCAACUAUAACUUCCACUCUGCCACCCACUACCCCAAGUGCCCAAUCAACAACCCCGGCUACUCCAGAAACAACAACAACUUUCACUCUGCCACCCACUACUGAAACUGUGCAGCCAACAACCACGGCUCUUCAGAAAACAACAACUUCCACUAUGCCGCCCGCUACUCCAAGUGCCCAAUCAACAACUUCUACUCUGCCAACCCCAACUGAAACUGCCCAAACUACUACCACGACCAUUCCCGAAACAACCACGACUGCAACCGACCCAACAACUUCCACCCUGCCACCCAUCACUUCAACUGUCGAAACAACAACGACUGCCAUUCCGGCAACAACAACGACGGAGCCAAACUUUUCAACCGAAGUCAGCAGCCUGAUUCCAACUGAAACGAAUCCAACAACAACAGAAGCCAUUUCUGUCAUUUUAAAAGCUGCUGAACGCAAACUCAAAUCAUCCUUUGAAUACGACUACUUCUACGACACCGAAGAUCGUCGCUAAAAUCGCCCAAAGCAUUUAAUUCUUACUCACUUUUAUUUUUGGCGUAGUUUCUCGAUGAAUUUCUCCUUCCCGGCUUGAAACUCUUGUCCGUGACCUCUUGCGUGUGUUGCACAUCUCGCCUUUAUUUAUCGCUGUGCAAGUUCCUCGUCGCCGUCCAUCGCUGAUUGAAACUAAAACCAAUCAAAAUGUGUUUUAGCGCGUGCGUAUCUCAAUGCCCCGAUUGAUCUAUUUUAUACACUCUCCCCUAUCGUUAUGUAAUGUAAUACAAAUCUAAAAAAGAAAUCCCACAUGUCUCCGUUCAAAAAGCAAAAUAAACAAAAAAAAUGAGAUUGAUUGAAAACUAGGUUAUUACUCACAUUCAACUCGGUUGGAAAAUGCUGGUGUUUUGCAUCAGGAUCAUUUGGGCCGAAUCGAUGAACCGUGCACUAUGGUGGUAUCACACAGGUAUAAAAAGUCGACUCGUCAUCGAUAAGAACACCAGAAACAAAAGUCCAGUCGUCGGAUCCGCUCAUCAUGAUGAGUAAUAGAGUGUUUGCGUUUCUUCUGCUGCUGUUGGCACUGGCGACUUACGGCGGGAUAUCCGUCGAUGCCCAGGGUGAAGCCCAAGUCAUUGAAGUGUUCCAAGAAGCUGACGCUAUCCCAUCACCAGAGGAGCAGGAGGCUAACGGUCGGACAUUCGGCCCGUUCCGCAAUUUCGACGCGCUUACUUACAAGGAAAAUUUGCUGCACAACAAAAUCAGUUUUCUCUUCUCGCUCGUACCUCGUCCAAAUGCACAGCAACAAUGGAAUCGCCCACCUUACGCCGGCGGAUUCGGGUCAAAUCCGUACCAGCAAGGAGCUUUCCCACCAGGAUAUCCAGCCCAAUUUCCACCAGGAGGCGGAGGAGGGUUUCAUCCACCUCACCCUCAAUUUGGAGGUGGCGGAGGAAUGAUUCCGGGACAGGGAUUCUACCCCGGUGCUGGAUCCGGACAAGGAUUCUAUCCCGGUGUUGGUUUGAAUAAUCCUUACUAUCCAGGAAUGUUACCUGGUGCUGGUUAUCCGGGAGUAGGGCCAGGUUUCUUUCCGCCAGGGAUUCUUCCUGUUAUAGCGGAGAAUAACAACACCAAUCCAUCCGGAAUAGCCGGAGGAGGAGGGAAUAAGCCCCCACCUUCAGCGUCCGCCUCGGUCGCUUCUGCGGCUACAACGGCCGCUCCAACAACUGCAGCUGCCGCAUCCGGCGGGGAAGAUGCAGCUCCUGCGGAAGAGGAGGAAACUAAUCGCCAUAAAAUCAUAAAAAUGAUGCCGAAAUCUUUCAAAAUGAAUUGACUAUACGUAGCAGAGAUCGUAAGCGUUUUUCAGCACUGAAGUGAAAAUAGUGACAAUGUAAAUAGUUGAACGAAAUAGACACAAAAUAGUACAGCAAAACAAUUAAAGCGCUAAUGUUUCAAAUGUCAUUCAACACGUUAAAUAUUUUCCUAAUGAGUCAUGUGAUGCCAUAUAUUCUGCUUCGGUAUUAUGUAACUACUUUAUCGCUAGAUUAAUUUGCUUAUCAUGCUAACAAGUAGUUCAACUUCUGUUUUACUAUCGUAUUUUAUAAUAUGAACUAAUAUAACUUUCGUACCGUU